AAAAUGUUGCUGGAGGGCAGCUUUCAUGAUCUGGAGAGGACUCUGGACAAGGAGCGUGAGGUGUGGCAGCAGCGACUGGGUCAGAAGGAGCAGGAGCUGCUGAACAUCAGGAGCCAGAUGUUUACCCAGCUGGUAGACUACGAGAACCUGCUGGAUGUGAAGCUUGCGCUGGACAUGGAGAUCAAUGCCUACAGGAAAAUGCUGGAAGCUGAGGAGCAGAGACUGCAGCUGACCCCCAGCCCCUCCCAGCAUUCAGCCAUCCCUCGGACACCCCUCCCUCUAAGCCGGCAGCUUAGAGGGAAGAAGCGGAAACACGAGGGAGCCUCGGGCAGCCAUGCAACACAGCACGGCUCUGUGAGCGUGGCCGGAGUCGACAUGGACGGGAAAUAUAUCAGACUGAAGAACAACUCUGAGACG